AUGUUAGUGGGCGAAGUCAAGAUAGCGGAAGAUGCUGAUUUUACUAAAUUACGAAAUUUGUGUGAAAUCCACGAAGAUUGGAAGGUUGAAUACAACAAAAACAACAUCAUGGUGUGGACCAAGACAACUGAUCUGUGCGACUUUAAGAUGCUUAAGCUUAGAAGCAUAUUUCAAGACAUCACUGCUUCAACUGUAUUUGAUGUUAUUAAUGAUCCAGUUUAUCGAAAGAAUUGGGAUAUCAACAUGAUAGAAGCUUAUGAAAUUUGUCAAUUAAGUCCAAAUAACGAUAUAGGAUAUUAUGCAAUGAAAGUUCCAAAACCACUGAAGAAUAGAGAUUUUGUUACAGAAAGAUCUUGGCUAGAUCUAGGCAAAGAAUAUCUUAUUUUUAACCAUUCAGUUAGCCAUGCAGCAAUUCCACUGAAAAAAAAUUUUGUUCGAGGUAUUUCUUAUAUAACUGGGUAUCAGAUUACAUCCCUACAUGGAGAUUGUCAUCUUCCUGGUGUUCAAGUCACUUAUGUCACUCAAUCUGAUCCUAGAGGCAAACUUCCAUCAUGGGCAGUUAACAAAGCUGCUACUAUACUUGCACCAAAGUUACUUAGCAAACUCCACAAAGCCUGCAUCAAAUAUAAUAGCUGGAAGUCAAAUAAUGACCCGCUUUGGAAACCUUGGAUUUAUCCAGAGCAAAAUACCUUACCAAAAAUUAAUUACGAAGAUGUGAUGCCAUUUGAAGUAAAAGAAUCUGAUGAACUGAUUGAUGAAACUGAUGCCUUAGAAGAAGAUAUAAUGGAAGAAGACUAA